AAUCUUAAUCAUGCAGCAAAAAUCUGUGUGAAGUAACGAAUUCUAUCAUGUUCGAUGAUAAAAAUCACGCAGAGCUAACGGAUGCUGAAGCUGAAUUAUACGAUCGGCAAAUUCGUCUAUGGGGUCUGGAAUCGCAAAAACGAUUAAGAUCAGCAAAAGUAUUAUUGAUAGGACUUGGUGGAUUUGGUGCUGAAAUAGCAAAAAAUGUUAUAUUAGCAGGCGUUAAAACAAUUACCCUUUUAGAUCACAGAAAUAUGACAAUAGAAGAUACUUGUUCCCAGUUUUUUAUACCUAAUGAUCAGAUUGGUAAAAAUAAAGCAGAAGCAUCUUUACAAAGAACUCAGAAUUUGAAUCCUAUGGUCAAUGUAGAAGCAGAUUCUACCAAUAUAGAUGAUAAACCGGAUGAAUAUUUUAGUAAUUUCAAUGUUAUCUGUGCUACUCAGUGUACUAUUACUCAAUUAAAAAGACUUAAUAAAAUAUGUAGACAGCAUAAGAUAAAAUUCUUUGCUGGAGAUGUUUGGGGUACUUUUGGAUAUACUUUUGCUGAUUUGGAUGAACAUGAAUAUGUUGAGGAUAUUGUGCAAACUAAACCAGUAAAUGCUGAAGCAGGUGGUGAACCCAAAGGGAAAGAAAAAUUUGAAAAGAUUGUUAUUACUGAAAAACGUAAGGACAAUUUCGUUCCUUUUGAGUCUAUCAUUGAUAUAGAUAAAAGUCGUCUUCCUACAAGAGAAUCAGAAAUGUAUUAUAUGAUGAUGAUAAUGUUGCAUUAUCGUGAGAAGUAUAAGAGUGAUCCUUUACCUAAUGAAAGAGGUUCAGAAAAAUUGAAAACAGAAUCAACAGCCAUUAUAGAAAAAUAUCAACUAGGAGAUAAAAUAAAUUCUUUGAUAGAGGGAGAUUUGUAUGGUCAAAUUAGUCCAAUUUGUGCCAUAGUAGGUGGGGUUAUGUCUCAAGAGAUUAUAAAGGCUGUAUCACAAAAGGAAGCUCCUCAUAAUAAUGUUUUUCUUUUCAAUCCACAGACGUUGUGCGGCAAAAUUUUAAAAUUGGCGUAAUAAUCAUAAGUUGGCACACCAUUUGAUACUACGUGUCGGACAAUCGUUGAAAACAUUAGAAAGGGUGAUGCGGCACCUCUCGCAGAGUUUUACACGAUCGCGUGACGACUCGAGAAACACGUUAAAUAAUGUAAGAGACUCGUUGGUACUUCCCGUGACUCAGAUACUCGAUUAAAUGGAAGAAAAUUUUGGAACGAUUAGAUACGUAACUGAAAGUGCGACGGAGAGAAAGAAUAAGAGAACGUAAGAGAGACGGGGAUAGGAUCGCUCGAUUCUACGGUACUUUCGUACGUAAAACGAGAGCGCAAUGGUUUUGACAUGAAGUGCGCGCGGGGGAGGAGUGUCAGAAGGGUAGACCACCAUUCCAUAAUCCAUUGUGUCCAGUGCCAAUUAAACGGUGCUGCCAUGCGUAUGGUCAGGAGCUAACCGGCCGUUCUCAACACGGUCACGGAUCUCCGCACUCACACGAGCUCAAGUUUGACGAAGAGAUGGUGGAAGAGGAAGAGGAGGAGGAAUACCCGAAGAGGAGGAUCCGGAGGAAGAGGAGAAUCACUGAUUGGGGAGCAUCUGGAUCUCUGGACGUACCGGCAAUUACCGGACCGAGUUACCUAUAAGCGUUCUACAGCUUCGCGUUCUUGCAACUGGCAAGCUAUACAUGAAUAUAUGUUGCUCAUACGUAUAGAGAGAGAGAGAGUGAGAGGGUGAGAAAGAGGGUGAGGGAAAGAUGAUUUCUCCUCUCUCACACAUCCCAUGCGUUAUAAUCAUGCUGGAUUUUCAGUUGUGUGGAACGGAUCGGUAGAAAUUCACUGAUUGGUCUCUGUCUCUUGAUUCAGGAUACUAUUGCUUCCUACGUAUAUACAUAUCUACUAUCAGAUUCUAUCUCUAUCUAUAUAUCUGAACGUUUCUCUCUCUCUAUCUCUUUCUUGCUCACACGUUACCAAGUCCUGUGGCUCCUCCUCCUCCUCUUCCUUCUCCUUCUAUUCCUCCUCGGCCCUACUACUACCGUACUACUACUGCGGUUUACCCAUCUUGUUUCCGGCACACCUGUGUACGUACCUUAACGUCUCUAUUCCGGUUUUAGAUGAGAGAAUCGGAAUAUCGGAGGAUAUCGUCUACCGAAGCUUAUUGUCUUCGGCUUGUUACUCGUCGUCGUCUCUGCGGUCACACAAACGAUCAUCUAUCUCUCAUUGAAUUUAAAUUUAAUUUAAUUGAUCUAUCAUCCUUCGUACAAAAGUAUUUUACUUUAUCUACAUGUAAUAAACACGUAUGUAUGUAUGUAUGUAUCUAUAUAUGUAUGUAUAUAUGUAUGUAUGAAUGUAUGUUUGCGUGUAUAUGCUUAUAUACUUACAUACAUAUAGGUAGCUAAAUUUUCCUUUUUCAACAAUAUUCAUUUGGAAUAACAGUUACGUUGGUUGUGGUUUUAUUUUAAAUAUGAAAUGGCGAAAAGGAAAUAUUUUCGUAAAUUUAUUCGAGCGUAUUCUCUCACCGACAUUGUAUUGAAUACCGUGGUGAUCUUGCCGCUUGGCUGGAAGUUCAAACGAGGGUUGUACAGCGUUCGAGCUCUCGUUUCUCCGCUGACACGAUUACUCCAUUCAUUGCGGCUAACAUAUUACGGUAAGAUCCGUAGCGCAGGGUGUGUCGCACGGUCGCGACGAAUGUAAUCGUGAUAUCUGUGUUUGCUAAUGUUAAUUCAACGUGCCACUGGUAUUAACCCUUUACCGCGUGAAUUAUUUUCAAUGUUUUCCUCUCCCUAUACUAAUAUAUCUACAUAUAUCAAUUAAUU